AUGAACCGUCAGCGCUACAUGAGGACAGUGGUGGAGCCCGCAAGACAAGCUGAGGAGGAUCGCAUUAACAGAGAGGUGGUGAACGUAACUACCCUGCCCAUCCCUGCGGAGCUGGCAGCGCUACUACAGGCCACCUCAGGUACAGUCACAAUGGGAGCUAAAAAUAGGGCCCCGGCUCUACAGCUGGCUAUUGUGUUCAGGGGAAGAGAUCUCACUACAGAUCUUAUACUAGACAUGUCCUAA